UGUUAUAUUCGCUCUUUCGCGUCGAUCUUUGGCCCAAAGAUUAUUUCCGUACAUCGAACGCCGACGCUGCUCGUUAUCGUCUGUCGUGGAGGUAGAUCGGCGUCGAUCGUGCACGAUCGAUAACCGCUAAAUAACAACUCGUGGUCGGGUAGACGACCGGCCUGCACACGCAGUUCGCUCGACGGACCGGAUAGUGUUAUAAAUAUCAAAAUAGUCAAAUAAAGCUGUUAAUAGCUGUUUGUGGUUCGAGCUGUUUGACCGACGUCUCGAGACGCGCCAUGGAGAACUCGUCGAAUAUCCACUACACAACCCUAACGUCAAACUAUUCGUUCACGUUGUUCAAGGAACUCAGUAGUUCUGUCGAAGGAAACGUUUUCGCGUCCACUUACAGCAUACAAUUUCUGUUGCUACUCUUGGCUCUUGGAUCCAAGUCUAAGACCAACGAACAACUCAAAACGGUAUUACACCUGUCUAAAGACAAACCACCGAAUUACGAAAACAUCAAAGCGAUCAUCACAAAGCUCGAAGUUCCCGGUCAUUUGACUGUCGCUAAUGGAAUUUUCUCGGACAAAGCAUUCACUUUAAGUCCAGAAUACACGAAAAAUACUCAAAAGUACUUAAACUCCGAAGUGAGAAGUGUUGAUUUCUCUGGAAAUCCUACGUCCGGGGAGUCGGAAGUUAACAAAUGGGUUAAUAGCAAAACCAAUGGGAAAAUUUCGAGAAUUUUUAAAUCAGGUGACAUUAACAAAGAUACAGCGUUGGUUUUGGCGUCGGCCGUACACUUCCAAAACUUGUGGAAAUCGCCAUUCACGAACACGAAGAACGCGAGUUUCUGUCUCACUGCCACGAAACAUAUCAAUAUCAAAAUGUUGCACCAAACCGGUCACUUCAAAUAUUUCAAGGAUGAUCGCUAUAAAUUCUCAGCCAACAUGACCGUCCACAAUGUCGAGUUGGACGUACCGAAGUUUAAGUUCGAAUCGGAUUUGAAUCUCGAAAAAACAAUGCAAAAAUUGGGUUGCACCGAAAUGUUCUCACCUAGCGCCGAUUUCUCAGAACUCAGCUCGUCCGCUGCUGGCAAUCUGAGGGUCAGUAGCAUGAAACACAAGACUUACGUGGACGUCAACGAAGACGGAACGGAAGCCGCAGCUGUCACCGGUGUCAGCAUCGCCAAUUACAAUUUGGAAUACACUCAGAGCAACAUCAAGAACGUCAAGUUCCACGCGUGUCAUCCGUUCUUGUUUAUCAUCAAGAAAGAUAAAGACAUCAUUUUCAUGGGUAGACUGUCCGACCCGACCGCGUAGCCACCCUACAAAUCAUACCAAUGAUGUAAUCGCAAUGYUGCUGCAGUGAUACACAUAUAAUAUAUUAUAAUAAUGAGAGACUUGAUUUUGACCUAGAGAUAAGAUUUCUACCAUCCUUUUAUAACGAUGAUCGUAAUUUUUAUAAGAUAUAUUAUAUACAUUUUUUUAAAGAGUCAUAAUAUUAAAUACAAAACGUACUAUUAAAGGAAACCAUAUUGUUGUUAUGUUUUGUGUCAAAAAUAUGAUAAUUUAAUAGUA